AUGGCGUUCAGAAAACGAAAUGUGGCCGUAGGUCGUGGCGGUACGCCCGAUCAGUCCUUUGGCCCAGAAGCGUCGAUACUUCCUCCAGGUAUCCGACCGUCGUCCCUCACAUCGCAACCAGUCACGUCCUCUGGAACGCCUUCGUUGGACGACUUGCUGGGUGGUCACGGAGGCAUACCUCUUGGCUCUAGUCUGCUCAUAGAGGAGAGCGGUACUACCGAUUUUGCUGGUGCACUAUUGCGCUUUCAUGCAGCUGAAGGCAUCUGCCAAGGCCAAUAUGUGCAUGUCGUUGGAGUCGGUGAAGCGUGGGUACGAGAGCUACCUGGUGUAAUUGAGGAGACACCCAGUCGUGCAGCUGCAGCUUCUAAACCCAUCGACGACGAGAGAAUGAAGAUCGCCUGGCGCUAUGAGAAGCUGGGACAGGCGGGAGAAAGAGCACUCCCUGAUCGCAGUGCGCCGUCGAAGUCAGAAAAUCAGGACCAGACCAGUUUCUGCCAUGUGUUCGACCUGACGAAGCGUCUUUCCAUACCUCCCGAUACCAAGAUCAACUAUUUACCCGUCAGAUCGUUGUCGAAGCCGUUCGACGGCAUGGUCAAGUCUAUACACGAGACACUGAAGUCCUCGCCGCCCCACAGCACACACCGGAUUGUCAUCCCGACCAUCCUGAGCCCUGCUAUCUGGCCACCGUCCGCAAGCCUGCCAACAAACUUCUUAGCGUUCCUGCAAUCGCUUCGGUCGCUUCUCAGUCAAUACCCAACACGCUUGAGUGCGAUGAUGACACUACCGCUUGAAUUGCACCCACGAAGCAGCGGCCUUAUGCGUUGGGCGGAGCUUCUAAGCGAUGGGGUCCUAGAGCUGACACCAUUCCCGCAUCUAAUGGACGCCACAAAUACCGCUUCAGAGAUUCGAACCUCCAAGGAUACCCAAGAGCAGCCGCAAGGUAUGCUCAGAGUACACAAGCUGCCAGUCACAACUGAGCGCGGCGAAGGUGGUGCCGGUGUCGGCAAUAGUCUGGGAGCAGACCUAGCGUUCACAGUCAGCAGACGCAAAUUUAUCAUCAAGCCAUGCUCGCUACCGCCGCUCGAAGGUGAUCAUGACGCCCAGAAAGAGGCUGGCCAGAUUACGGGCAAAGAUAUUGAGUUUUGA